UGGAGCCAUGGUCGUCAUGAUAUUCGACAUGGCGCUCGGCUAACUUCCGCUCUCUUUCUCAUUCGAUCAUCGGCCAUCAUGCCGCCCAAAAAGGAUACAAAAGGUUCCUCCAAACAACCUCAGAAAACUCAGAAGAAGAAGGAGGGUGGAUCUGGUGGAAAAGCUAAGAAGAAGAAAUGGUCCAAAGGAAAAGUACGUGACAAAUUAAAUAAUCAAGUACUUUUUGAUAAACCGACAUAUGAAAAAUUAUUAAAAGAAGUACCACAGUACAAAUUGAUUACACCUUCGAUUGUUAGUGAGAGAUUAAAGAUUAGAGGAUCUCUUGCCAGACGAGCUUUGAUAGAGCUUCAGCAAAAGGGCUUGAUCAAGCAAGUUGUGCAGCAUCAUGCACAACUUAUCUAUACACGUACUACUAAAGGAGAUGAUCCUGCAGUUUAAUAUGUAUAAGUCAAUUUAAUAAAAAAUUUAAGCUUAUAUAAAAA